AUGGUUACAGGUGUAGUAAACAAGGUGUUGCAGUUUUUAGAUGAUGUUCACACUCUCACCUGCAGCCCGCCACCUGCUGACUCCAGCCAGUCGCCCGCCACCUGCCACUCACAGCCUGCCGCCCGCCACCUGCCGCCCGCCACCUGCUGCCCACAGCCUGCUGCCAGCCACCUGCCGCCCACAGCCUGCCGCCCACAGCCUGCUGCCCGCCACCGGCUGCCCACAGCCAGCUGCCCGCCACCUGCCGCCCACAGCCUGCCGCCCGCCACCUGCCGCCCACAGCCUGCUGCCCGCCACCUGCCGCCCGCCACCUGCUGCCCGCCACCUGCCGCCCACAGCCUGCCGCCCGCCACCUGCCGCCCACAGCCUGCUGCCCGCUACCUGCCCUGCUGCCCACAGCCUGCCGCCUGCCACCUGCUGCACACAGCCAGCUGCCAGCCACCUGCCGCCAACAGCCUGCUGACCCCAGCCUGCCGCCCGCCACCUGCUGCCCACAGCCUGCCGCCCGCCACCUGCUUCCACCAGCCUGCCGCCCGCCACCUGCUUCCCACAGCCUGCCGCCCGCCACCUGCUGCCCACAGCCUGCCGCCCGCCACCCGCCGCCCACAGCCUGCCGCCCGCCACCUGCUGCCCACAGCCUGCCGCCCGCCACCCGCCGCCCACAGCCUGCCGCCUGCCACCUGCCGUCCACAACCAGCACACAUUUGCCUGCUACCUACCACAUGUGACUUCCCACCUUCGCCCCAUCACCAGCCACCCACGACUAACCGGCUGCCUUCCACCUGCCGUUGUCCAAAUCCCUCCUAUCGCCUGCCCUCCGCCUGCUGCCUCCAGACCACCCAAGCCCUGCGGUGA